AUGGCAUCUCCAGUUAAAGUUUGUUUGGGAAUUGAUAUUGGUGGCACGAAAUUUGCAUUUACCCAUACAACAGUAUCGAGUAUAAUUGAUUCUUCAUAUUUUAAAAUAUCAGAAACUAUGUCACCAUUAUCCAAUAAUAAUAACAAUGAACAUAAUUAUCGAUUGUUGACCGGACAAUCUUUUAAACCUGAAGAUUUUAAUAAAAUUAUCGAUGACCAUGUUCUUAAACAAUUAAAUAAUAGCUAUGAUAAUAAUUAUAAAAUCGUUUCAAUUGGUAUAUCUAUUUGUGGACUGACAGAUGAAGAAGGCGUAAUUUCAUUAUGUGAAAUUGGAAAUUUGUCAGGUUGGAAUCCGGUGAAAAGCGUCAAAGAAAAAUUCGGGAAUGAUAUAAAAGUUAAAGUUAUCAAUGAUGCUGAUGCUGCAUUAGAAUAUGUUAGAAGAGAAUGGCCCGGUGUCAAAGAUCUAGCGAUUAUCAUUGCAGUUUUAAAAGGUCAUAUGAACGCAGCAAGAAAUUUUGGAAUUGCUCCAAUUUUUAUUCCUCAACAUUAUACCUCACGAGUUCCCAACUAUUCCACAACAGAUUCCACCAAUCUAAUUCUUGAUCCACCACCAACAAAACUACUUGAUGAACUUGCAGGUGGUAGAGAACUUGUCCGAAUAAUAACUGAAGAAAUCGGCGUGCCAAUUACAGAUGCAAUCUUACAUGAGGAAGAAAAAAGCAUAGAAAUUGAUAAAAAAAUUGUUAAUGUUGUAUUAAAUUGGGCGACUGUAUUUGGUGUUACUAUAGCAAACAUUAUUUGCAUUUUUAAUCCUAAAGUUGUAGUGAUUGCUGGUGGUCUAUUAAAUUUCCCAUUUUAUUGGGAUAGAGUUUUAGAAUUGGUGAAAUUAUAUACUAGUAAUCUGAUACCUGAACUUUGGUCAGAAACUAUUUUUGUUAAAAGUCGUUGGGGUAAUGAUUUAGUGGUUAGAGGUGCUUUGGAUUUUAAAAAAGAAAUUUUUUUUUUUCAAAUGAAUCAUUUGUUGGAUCAAAUUGUUUUAUUGGGUGAUUCACAGACCCAGAUCGGAUAUAACAAUGAAAUGAAUGGAUGGUGUUCAUCAGUUCAUAAUGCAUAUAUAAGAAGACUUGAUGUUAUAAAUAGAGGGUUUUCAGCAAUUCCACCGUCACCUCAACACGUGCCACUUGAGGAUUAUAAAGCGAAUUUAAAAGAAAUGGUCAAUCUAAUCAAGUCUCCAUCAUCCAAUUAUCACUCUACUACUACUAAAAUCGUGUUAAUCACUCCAGGAGCUUUAGAUGAUGAAGUAUGGAAUGGUGGAGAUGAUCGGGGUGAAAGAACAGAUGAAGUUAUGAAAUUGUAUGCUGAUGCUUGUGUUGAUGUGGCAAAUGAAGUAAAUGUGUCUGUUGUAAAUAUUUGGCAAUUGAUUCAUGAUAAACUCGGAAAGAAAAAGGUUGUUGGCGGUGAUGAUGGUGAUGUUUUUACUUUAAAAGAUUUUCUUUAUGAUGGCUUACAUUUUGCGGGUUAUGGUUGUGAUACGUUAUUUGAUGGAUUGAUGAAAGUUAUUCGUGAAAAUUAUCCAGAAUUAGAUCCAGAUAAUAUUCCAAUAUUCUUACCAGCAUGGGAUGAAAUGGAUCCUAAUAAAAGUCUCGAGGAUUCUUUAAAAUUUCCUUGA